AUGAACCAAUCCACGGCUCUAAUUGCUAACUCUCAACUACAAAACAAUAAUGGCUCGUUGCAAAGGCCUCAGAAUAUUAGCAGUUCACAAAAUGCUAAUGGUCAAUUUCGAGGUGCCUCAAAUAUUGGCGGGCAGCCACUAAGGCUUCAAAACCAAUUAAUCAGUAUUACCAUUGCCGCUCAAUAUUAUAUAGACCUAGUUGAAGGCACUGAUCCAUUCACUAGAACACAAGGGUUAGAAAAUUCUUCACCACAGAACUCCCAAUCAUUAACGUUGGG